GUCUGUCUAAACACAUCUGCUCUACACAUUCUCUCUCAUCCUCCUCCUCCCAAAAGCCUCUAAUGCCUUACCUCUCCCUCACCAAUGACAUUUUCUUCUCUAUGGCUUACUACCUCCUCCAUCGUUAGCGCGAUCAGAUCCGAUCCUCCACCCCUCUCUACGUCGUCACUCUCUCCGAACUCGCUGCCAUCGCCUCCCUCAUCGCUUCCUUCAUCUACCUCCUCGGUUUUUUCGGCAUUGGUUUCGUCCAAUCCUUCAUCACCCGUGCUUCUUACGACGCCGGCUUCAUCUAGGUACCAAGAGUAGGAGAUUCGUUGCUGCAGCACCAGCGAAGCCUGAUCAACAUCGAAAUGGCGGUUUUUGACUCCGAUUGAGUCAUUUCUACGAUCUUCGGUAACAGACUUUGGAUCGCUUGAACUUUCCCCAGUUGAUGGACGGACUUUAACUGACUUCAUGCAUCUAAGAGGAUUACAAAUGCGCUCUUUGGGUUGUGUGGUUGAACUUGCAGAGAAGCUUCCUCAUAUACAGUCACUUUGUAUUCACGAGAUGGUCACUCGAGCUUUCAAGCAUGUCCUUAAAGCCGUUAUUGCUUCUAUUAAUAAUGUGGCAGACUUAUCCACAGCAGUAGCUUCAUGCUUGAAUUUCUUGCUUGGGGGCUACACAAUAGAAGAUAGUGAACAUAACUUGAGUGGUGAUCACAUGCUCAAAUUGCAGUGGUUACGAACUUUUCUAGCUAAAAGAUAUGGCUGGACUCUAAAAGAUGAGUUUCAACAAUUGAGGAAAUUAACAAUUCUCCGAGGACUUUGCCACAAGGUUGGAUUGGAGUUGCUUCCGAAAGACUAUGAUAUAGAAAGCCCAAGCCCUUUCAAGAAAUCUGAUAUUAUCGGCAUUGUUCCUGUGUGUAAACAUGUAGGAUGCUCUUCUGCAGAUGGGCGGACCCUAUUGGAGUCAUCAAAGAUGGCACUCGAUAAAGGAAAGCUAGAAGAUGCUGUCAACUAUGGAACGAAGGCAUUGGCAAAGAUGAUAGCUGUCUGUGGUCCCUAUCAUUGUACGACUGCGAGUGCGUACAGUCUGUUAGCUGUUGUGCUUUACCACACUGGAGACUUUAAUUAGGUAGAU